AUGUUGCCUAUUUCUGAGUCUAUAUCACCAUCUAUACCCACGGUAACAGAAAAUAUCAUCCUUGAACCAAUUCAAAUUUCGGAACCUGUUCAAAGAGAAGAGCCAUCUUUACAUGUCUACUCAAGAAGACCACGUGUAACUCAACAAAACCAGCCAUCAGAACCAACUUCAGAUCCUCUACAAGAAUUGCAGAAAGAAAAAUCCAAAGUGGAUGAUCUUGAUGCUCCUAUUGCAAUCCGAAAAGGCAAGGUAAUGAAGAAUUUUGGAUAUCGCCAAGGACAAGCAGAUCACACUCUGUUUGUUAAAGAGUCAAAGAACAAAAAACGAUGUUUCUUGAUUGUAUAUGUCGAUGACAUAAUAAUCACCGGAGAUGAUGUCGACGAGAUCAACAACCUCAAACGGCUACUGCAAUCAGAAUUCAAAGUCAAGGAUCUAGGAAAAUUACAAUAUUUUCUUGGAAUAGAAAUUGCUAGAAGCAAAGAUGGAAUCUUCAUUUCACAAAGAAAAUAUAUCCUAGAACUCCUACAAGAGACAGCAAAGCUUGGUUGCCGACCAGCAACUACUCCAAUAGAAAAGAACUGGAAAGAAAAGUUGACUGAAGAAGACCCUCCAACAAAUAGAGAAAGAUACCAACGAAUAGUGGGAAAGCUGAUUUAUCUAUCACUCACUAGGCCGGAUAUUGCCUAUAGUGUUAGCCAAGUAAGUCAAUUUAUGCACGCUCCAACUAUUCGCCAUCAAAAUGCAGUUGAUCAAAUCCUUAGAUAUCUGAAGGGAACACCUGGAAAAGGAAUGCUUUAUAAAAAAACCAAGAACCGAAAGAUUGAGGAAUUUACUGAUGCACAUUGGUCAAAUAGCAAAUCAACAACAGGGUACUGUAACAAGUUUUGGGGAAAUGUGGUCACUUGGAGAAGCAAAAAGCAAUCACUCGUGUCAAGAAGUAGUACUGAAGCAGAGUAUCGUGCUAUUGCACAAGGAAUUUGUGAGUUAAUAUGGUUGGACAGAUUAUUAAUAGAAUUGAAAAUUGAUGUUAAUGGUCAACUACACCUCUACAGUGAUAGUCAACCAGCGAUUGCAAAUGUUCAUAAUUCUAUACAACAUCAUCGUAUGAAACAUGUCCGUAUUGAUAGGAAUUUCAUCAAGUCGAAGAUUGAAAGUGGAAAGAUAAAGCUCUCAUAUGCUCCCUCAACCGAUCAAGAAGCUGAUAUCCUGACAAAAGCACUGUUGAGAAUAAGUUUUGAGUCAAAUGUAUCCAAGUUGGGAAUGAUUUAUAUACAUUCACCAACUUGA